AUGAACGUAUCUGACUUCGACGAACGGCGGCAUGAAGCCGAUGCGCUCGACGCGGUUGAGGCCAUCGACGAGUACACCUCGCUCCUCCACCCUCCCCCAUCACCACUACUGAGACCGGAAUAUUCCUCAUCCACAUCCUCCUCAUCCUCCUCCUCACUAUCGACCAGCACAGUAGAAGCCAUCACGAGCAUCGUCAAACCCUACAACUUUCCCCUCCGUCAAGAUGAAGAAAGCCAGGCCACCAUCCUCACCAGCGACGACUCCCUCUACCGUCGCGACCUGUCCCCAUCUUCCGACGCAACACUUACCCAUCCCGAUGGAAACCACCAUAACCACCAUCCUCACCACCUCUCAGGCGGGCAAUGGAGGAAUAACCUGGUCCUCCUCCUGGCCGUCUUCCUCGUCAACUCUGACAGCGCCAUCCUCCUGGCCAUGUUCCGCCAGAUCGCCAGCGAUUUCGACAAGAUGAGUUCAGCAAGCUGGAUUAUUUCCUCGUACGUCAUCGGUGUCAUUGUCACUCAGCCGCUGUUUGGAAAGUUGAGCGACAUCUACGGGAGGAAGCCGAUGCUUAUCACCGCCUACGUGUUUUACAUUCUCGGUGGUAUUUUGGCCGGGGCUGGGUUUGCCUUCUGGGGUGUUUUGCUGGGGAGGGGAUUGUGUGGUGUGGGCAAUGCUGGGAUUACGGUGUUGAUUUCUACCUUGAUUGUUGACCUCGUCCCAAUCCGCGAAGUCGCCGUCUGGCGCGGCUACGUCUACGCCAUCAACCAAGUCGGCCGGGCCAUCGGUCCCUCUCUAGGCGGGAUCAUCUCCGACACCUUCAACUGGCGCUGGUCUCUGCUCUGCCAAGUACCUCUCAACACUUUUGGCCUCGUCUUCAUCUGGUGGACCAUGUCCUUUCCCUCUCCCCCCUCCUCAUCAACCUCAAGCGGCGUGAAAUCGAAACUCCAAAGAAUCGACUUCCCCGGCUCCCUCACCCUCGGCCUCUCCAACGUCUCCUUGCUCCUUCUCCUCGACCGGAUCCAACAUCUGCCUUCUCAAAAAGAUGAUGAUCUUUCUCUACUCACCUUCCUCCAAGACCCAUACACAGUAACCGCCCUUUUCCUCUGGCUCUUAUCCCUCACCUCGUUUUUACUCGUCGAAUCCCUUUACGCAAGGGAGCCCAUCCUCCCUCUACGCCUCCUAUUCCUCACCCGCAACGUCCUCUCUUCCUACGCCAUCCAGUUCCUGCAAACAGUGGCGCAGAUGGCGCUGUUCACUUCCGUACCACUGUAUUUCCGGCUGGUAAACGGGGACUCGUCGAUCAAAGUCUCAAUGCGACUGCUGUUUAUCACGGUCGGGACGGUGUUGGGUGGACUGGGCAGUGGGCUGGUGAUCAAACGGACGGGGUUGUACAAGUGGGUGAUUGUCGUGGCUGUGGUGCUGUCGGAUUUGAGUUUUACUGCUAUUUGGCUGAGGUGGAGAGGAGGUCAAGGGGAAGGGGGCACAACAACAUCAACAACAACAAACUGGUGGGAAACGGGGUACGGGUUCCCGGUGGGUGUUGGGUUUGGGGUAAGCUUGUCGGCGGCGUUUAUUGGGUUGACUGCUGCUUUGGAAAAAGGGGAUAAGAAGAAGAAGAAUAAGCCUGGUGAGGGGGGUGGGGGCAGUCAGGUCGCCGUGGCUACUUCGGGGUUUUAUCUCAGUUUGAACUUGGGAAGUCUUUUUGGGGUGAGCGGAGCGAGCUUGAUCAUCAGUUCGGUAGUGGAAAAGACACUCAGAAAAGAGUUGGAUGGGGUGCCUGACGGAAGGCACAUCAUCAAGGAGGUCAUGUCGAAUAUGGACAAGAUUGGAGAGUUGCCGGAUUGGUUGAAGGAAGUGGUGAAAGGGGCAUAUGCGAGGAGCUUUGUGUAUGUGUGGUUGUAUGCGCUCGUGGCUGGGUGUUUGGCGCUCGGGGCUAGCUUCAUCAUGAAGGAGGGCCAGUUGAAGGAUACCUCUAGUCCGCUGAGUGAUCCGUCUUCUGUCAAAAAGAAGAGAGUCAGUCGUCCUAGAACGGGAAGACAGGAGGAGCGAGAGCAGAGGAUUGGAUACAACACCUUUGGAAGCGGUGAAAACAGGGGCACCGAGGAACAGUCACAUUUCGUUCAAUCGGGUUGA